AAAUGUAUGAAAUGUUGAGAAGUUUAGGCGCCGGCGGUUUUGGAUGUGUGUAUGAAAUGAGAUAUAAACACAGCAAAGAGGAUAUACACUAUGCGAUUAAAAAAUGUCAAUUAAAUGAAGUGCAUGUAUUGAGUGAUGAAUACAAACAAAGUAUUGCUAAACACACCGCAGAUGUGGCUCUAUAUAUGGCACCCGAAGGACAGACCACUGAAUACAACCAUUUAAUAGAUGUCUAUAGUCUGGCACUCAUUGGAGCGAAAAUAUUUGGUUUUGAUUCAAACAAUAUCAGAGACGGAGUAGAGUUAUGGAAAGAC